AUGUCCUUUCGCCCGAGCCCUCGUCUAUGCAAGUCACUCAGCGCGUCUUCUAAACGAUGGCUUGAGCGCCAAUACAACGACCCGUUCGUGCGCCAGCGCCUCUCGCACCCGGCCAACUACCGCUCGCGCUCGGCCUUCAAGCUGCUCGAGCUCGACAGCUACAAGGGCUCCAGCUUCCUCACCAAACCGGACGUGCGCGCCGUCGUCGACCUCGGCGCCGCGCCCGGCGGCUGGUCCCAGGUCGUCGCGGGCAAGUUCGGCUACCUGCCCGACCCGAAGAGCGCGCGGCCGCCACCCAAACCCGAGGGGGCGCAGGACCCGGCGAGGGUGUACGACAGGACGAUCGUCGCGCUCGACUUGCUGCCCGUCGCGCCCAUCCCCGGCGUGCGCACGCUCCGGAUGGACUUUCUCUCCCCGGAGGCGGAGGGCGCGAUCAAGGCGCUUCUGUCGGACGCGCGGAACCCGGACGGACGCGCGGACGUCGUGCUGUCCGACAUGGCCGCGAACGCGACGGGCAACCGCGCCCGGGACGUCGAGGCCAGCCUGCAGAUAUGCGAAGCCGCGCUCGAGUUUUGUAGGCGGAACCUGAGGACGGCGGAGAGCGUCGGGAGGAACGCGGGCGGCGUGCUGGUGAUCAAGUAUUUCGACCACCCGUAUCUCACCGAGUUUCGCAAAGAGCAGCUCGAGCCCGCGUUCAACCGCGUGCGGAUCUCCAAGCCCAAGUCGAGCCGAUCGGACUCGAGCGAGGCGUACUGGGUCUGCCUUGGUUUCAGAGGCGCUCGCGAAUGA